AUGGUAGCACAAUACGUCGAUCGCGACUACCGCGAAUGGGACGAACAGAUCCCCGCACUACAGUUCGCAUACAACACCGCCACGCACGACGCUACGGGGUACACACCGGCGUACCUGAAUCACGGCCGCGAAUUAGUACCACCCGCCCCCGCCCUCCCAACACCUACGGAUGCCCCAGAACCCGACAUCGUCCGACAACAACUCCGGGACGCCGAGGAAGUCGUCCGCAUCAACCUGGCCAGGGGAUUCCAGCGACAACAGCGAUAUUACGACCUACGACGACGAGAAUGGCGACCAAAGCUAAGCGAAUAUGUGUGA